AACAGCCACAGUGUGAAGACGUCGGUGGAUCGGUGAUUUGUCUGUGUUUGUCUUCCUCGUCGCCCUUUGAGAUCCAGUUUCCCAGAUGAAAAGGCUGCAGCUCCAGCAAUGGAGCGGCUCAGCCCUUUCGCCGCGGGCCCGACCUGCCUGUGGUCGUCUGCUGUACGCUGGUCUCCGGAGGCAAACCACCGUGUCAUCUACGACAACUGAUGCUGCUCCGGCGGCAGAUGCGGGUGUUGCUACUUCCAGACAGCUUGCUCAGGCGCCCGUCUUGGCUGCCAGUUCCCAAAUGUCCCGACGCCUACUUCCCUCUCCGCCCGUCGAGGCGGCACGCGAGUCUGCCAAACUGGCCGCUCUGCACGCCCGACUCUACCUUCCCUCGAGAUUUCCGUUAGAAACGUUGGCCCGGACGCUGGUACAUGCGUCUGCCGACCCGAACGCGGACUUUAACAAUCAAUCCCUGGCCACCCUGGGUGACGACCUCCUAGCCUACUACGCAACAGAACACCUGCUGUGCACAUACCCCCGGCUGCCACUGACGGUCGUCUUCGCAGCCAUGUAUGCCUAUGUGGGGAAGAAGACGCUGGCUGCCAUGGCCAGAGAAUGGGGCGUGGAACUGGCCGCCGCGCCCGGGGGGGAGGUCGAUCCGGGCCUGUUGCAGUUCCACCGGAUCACACCCGGUACCAGCCUGAAUACCGGGCCGAUCACAGGCACCACACGGCCGAACGAUGACCGCACAUCGUGGCGGAGGGGGAUGACGUCUCGGGUUGUAUAUGACGACCACUUCGGUGAGCCGACCAUGGCGCCGGGGGCUACCCAGCAGAGCACCAGCAACAUCACCCCUACCGUUACUGCCGAAGAGGCCAGCGCGACCUUCGUGCGGGCCAUCAUGGGUGCCAUCUACCUACAUGCGGGCCGGCCGGCGGCCAAACGAUUCUUCUCGCAGCACUUCCUGUCGCGACACCUUAACAUCUCGGAGCUGUUUAAUUUCUCGCAGCCGGCACGGGACCUUAGCCGCCUAUGCGCCAGGGAAGGGUUCGAGUCGCCAGUGGCCAAGAUCAUCAGCGAGACCGGUCGCAAGAGUCGUCACCCCGUUUUCGUCGUGGGGAUCUUUUCUGGCAAGGAUAAACUGGGCGAAGGAGCCGGCUCCAGCCUUCUCGAGGCGCGGUCUCGGGCAGCGGUUGCAGCCCUUAAGGGCUGGUACCUGUACAGCCCGCUGGACGUGCGAGUCCCCAGCUCCAUGGAGGAGGAUGGUGCGGCGCCCUGGAAGCCCGUGUACAUCGAUCCCGGUGAGGUGGUUGUAUAAGAAGAACAAGGUUGUACACUUGUGGUCAGGCGCUGAUUCUCUUUUUUUUUUCUCACUUACUGCCCCGAUGGGGAGGACCUC